AUGAAACUGUUCAUCGUCUUAGCCGCUGUUGCUUUGGCCCAGGCCGCCAAACUGGACAGGACCUACCUCCCACCUAACGCUCAGGCUUCUUCAGGAUCUGCUUACCUGGAUGCGCCUCGCCAGUCCAACGGAUUCCAGGGUCAAACUGGUGCCUUCUCAUCCAGCGCCCAAAGCGGCGCUUACUCAGGCUUCGAAGCCCGUCCCGUGGAGCGCGCUCAGACUGCCUUUGAAAGGAACGCUGCUAUCCUUCGUCAGGACAAUUCCAAUGAUGGAGAGACUUACGCGUAUGCUUAUGAGACUGAGAACGGUAUCUCCGGCGAAGAGAACGGAGUGGCGACCAACGGAGUGCAGGCUCAGGGCAGCUACUCCUACACUGGGGAUGAUGGCAAGGUCUACUCUGUUAGGUACACCGCUGAUGAGAACGGUUUCCAACCCCAAGGUGACCAUCUCCCCACUCCUCACCCCAUCCCUGAAGAGAUCUUGAAGGCUCUGGAGCAGAAUGCUCGCGAUGAGGCCGCUGGCAUCUUUGAUGACGGAUCUUACAGCGAGGCUAAAUACGAUAGCAACUCCCAGCAAACUUACUACGACAGCAACGCUCAAGUGAUAAACUUCAACAAGGCUGACGCUGUUGUUACCAACUCCGCUGGUCUUCGCAAUGAUGCUCCCUUCGUUCAACGCAACAACCAGAGGAGUGGAGUGCAACAAACCGCCUUUAACAGCAACGCUCGUGCUGCCCAAAGCUCCAACUCCAGCACUGCUGCUGGAGUCCAGAAAACGUACCUCCCGCCCUUCGCGCAGAAGGCUGGAGCGAGACAAUCCUCCUUCGACGCUAGAGCCGGCUACCGAUACUAG